ACUGUCUGUAGCAACGGUAAAGUUGACUAACGGCGUGUGGGUCAACAAGCGGAAUAAAGGACCCCGUACCUCCGUGGCUUUAACCACAAAUACACGCUUUGUGGCAUUUGACAGCUUUACCUUUAUUGUAAUUGCGAAGCCAGACCUCAUGGCUGGAAGGUGCGUUCGAGUUGACCCUCCGUUUGUAGAAUUCAGGGAUGUAAAAGUCGGGGAUGUUUACAAGAGGGCAGUCACAGUGACAAAUAUUGGGAAAGUGUCAAAGAAAAUAUGUAUUGAGAAGCCCGAGCGGAAGCUCUUUAAGUUUGUGGAGUUGAGUCCAGCUGGGUUGGUGCCGUCUGGCUUUUCGGUCCGAGGCGUUCUGGAGUUCGCCCCAGAUGGCGAGGAGGAGGUCAGAGACGCCAUCCGGAUCCGUGUCGACGAUGAGGAGGUGCUCCGGGUUCCAGUGGCAGGAUACACCAGGACGUGCUCUGUCAUCAUGGACUCCUUGCUGGACUUUGGCUGCGUUGUCGCCAGGAGUCAGGUGAUCAGCAAGCUUCAUCCUCUUACCAACGAGGGAUCAGAGCCAGGAGUAUUCCACGUGGAGUACAGCGGUGGAAACGCCUCCCUCAGUUUCUCACCUUCAGACGGAGUCGUGGCCGCUGGCGCCACCCAGUGGCUGAAAGUAGAACUGCGCACAGACAGACCUGGGCAGAUCGACGACAAAGCUCUGGUGAGACUCCAGAACGGCUCCACUGCAGUCCUGAGCAUCAGAGCUGAGGUGGUGGAGCAGCAGCUGCAGGUGUCUGACCCACAGGGGUCUCCACUGUCCUGUCUGUGGUUUGGACCCGUCUACUUUGGCGCCUCCUGUGUGCAGAACGUGCUCCUCAGAAACAACGCUCCCCUGGCCUGUGACUGGGUCUGCGUGCUGCAGGAGAACACUGCUGGGACCGAGGUGGGAGCAGACCUUGUGAGGAGCACAGACAGCACCCUGCUGGAGAGAAUGAGGAACUGCAGCUCGGCCGGCCGUGCCGCGCUGCAGCCGCUGGAAUGUGUGCCUGCACACGGUCACCUGGGUCCGUAUGACAAAACCACCGUGGCAGUGCGAUUCAGUCCCAUCAGCAGGAGGAGGAGACGUGGGAGCACCGCCGGUCGACAGGACUACUGUCUCUUCCUCCGCUUUGACAUUUUGGCCAGCAAACACGGCUUUACUCCCCCUGAUGCCGACAGCAGCGUUGAGGUGGCGGUGACUGGUUCUGGAGUCCCUGUGGCUCUGGUGCCGUCUCCCUCUCACAGGUUUGAUUUCCCCAGCUGCACCAUGGGACAGCGUUCGGACCUCCUGUGCGUGCUCCGCAACCUCUGCCCUCAACUUCCUGUCAGAUUCCGCUUCCGCAGCGUAGCACACUUCAGCGCCGAGCCGACAGCGGCGACCAUUGGCCCAGGCCAGUGCCAGGAUGUGGUUUUGACUUUUAACGCACGGCAGCAGGGCAGCUUCCGGGUCCGUCAGCAGGUAGAUGUCCUGGGUGGGGCGGCGUCAGAGAAAGAUGGCAGCUCCACUCAGGGCUGCUGCUUCCACACCCUCUCUCUGCGCUUAUCUGCCACCUGCUGCAGUGUGACGACACGCCCGCAGCCACAACCAUGUCCUGGACCCCAGAGUCCGACCGGGUUACGGCCUCCUGUUCGGCUGAGUGAGCUGGCUCACUGCAGCGCUCUGACCCACGCUGCCAGCACAAAACGUCGCAGACAGAAGAGCGAGGCCACCGAGGACCAAGGGUCCCUGGCUGUCCCCAAAGACCGGGCCUUAAGCGCCGCACCAGCACUGACCCAACGCCAACAUAGAACCAACUUUACCGGAGCACCACACCGCUCUGUGGGCACCAGCUAUGCUUUCAGCGAGGAGGAGGAGGAGCAGAGGCGGCGCCACCGGCACAGUUAUAUGGACUUUAUCAACCAACUUGGACAAGCACGCCUCGAGAAGAUCAGGGAGAGGCAGCAGCACACAGAAAAGGACGACGUGAACAUCGGCAUUGUUCCAUGUCAAGGCCUUGUUCCCCCUGAGCUCCACAUCAGAGACCUGGGGAGCAGCGAGAACGCAGAACUGAAGUCUAACGACAAUACAACACACCAGACUGAGGCCACAAACAGCAGCAGCAGUCAGAUUUCCGAAGCGGUUGACACAGUUCCCUCUACCAGCCAGCAGGUGGCAGACUGUAGCAGGAGUCUGACUCCUUUGGAGCUCUACCAAGUUGUUGUUUCUCCUCUGCUGGUGGACUUUGGCGCGGUGUGCCUGCAGUCGGUGUGUGUUGAGAAGCUGCAUAUCAGCAACGGUCUGCCGGCGUAUAUCUGGUUUGAGCUGGAGGUGGACUGCCCUGAGCUGGAGGGCUCCUCACCGCUCUCCCAGGUCCUGCCUCCCUGCUCGCUCAGCAGCUUACCGCUGACAUUUCACAGCAGUCAGUCUGGGCCCUUCUGCAGGUCCUUGGCCUACUCGGUAAACCAGCAGCACCCUGGUCAGGUACUGGUGCGAGCUCAGGUGGUCCCCCCGGCUCUGGAGCUGUCCACCAAUGAGCUGCUGCUCCCGCCCAGCCCGUCCAUGCCCGCCGGAUCAGAAUACAGCAGCUCAGUGACGCUGAGAAACCCGUGCAACUGUGUGGCAGAGUUCACCUGGCAGCCCGUCAUCCCCGACAGCGGCCUGCUGCUGUUCUCAGUCCGACCAGCUACAGGUACCGUGGACCCAGGGAGGGAACUAGACUGUGAGGUGGUUUGGCAUCCAUCCUUUUCUUCCCCCUCAGAGGGAGACUUUGAGCUCUUUGUCCAUGAAGGAAUCACUCAGCGCCUGCACUGUGUUGCUAAGGUUGCACACACCACUGUCCAGCUGGCAGAAAAGCAAAUCCUUUUCAGAUCCGUGCCUCUCAACACAACUUCCAUCAGAGCUGCAGUCCUGCACAACUCUGGACAGAACCACGCCUACUAUCAGGUCGUAGACGAGUGUCCUCUGCCUGGAAUGGUUCUGAGUCCUUCUGAAGGUGUGGUGCCAAGCAGGGGUCAGGCCAUGCUGUACAUCCAGUUCAGCCCAGACUUUGUCUUUAAAUUCGACGCCAAGGUUGAGAUCGCUCUGAGGAACAUGAAGUGCGUCCAGCUAAGAGUUGCAGGAUCAGUGGAGCCUCCAAAUGUAGAUUUCAGUGUGUCUCAUUUCCAGUUCUGUGGCGUCCAUUCUGGUUCUCGACAAGUGAAAGCCUUUAGCAUCACCAACCACGCUGAGGCUGUGUGCCAAGUCACCUUUGAUCUGUCACAAUACAGAGACUUCUCCGUCUCAGUCUGUCAGCCCACUGCAAGAACAGCAGGAGAGGCUGGAAUAACCGAGGUGGAGGUGUGUGGUGGUCAGACGCAGGAAUGCUUCCUGGUCUUCUCUCCCACUCAGGUCAUCAGCUAUGACUUCGCCCUGCCACUGACGGUCAACGGAGUCAAAUGGCCCUCCUCUUCGUCCUCUUCAGCCUCCUCCUCCUCCUCCAGCCCUCCUUUCCUGACAGCAGAGAGCAGGAGGGAUUUCACAGCGCCUUCUUCCUGCAUCGCCACAGAGGAGCGGCAGCCAGUGUGGAUACACGCCACAGCCCUGUUUGCCCCAGUGGAAAUGUCCCCCACCAGCCUACAGUUUGUUGUCAAGUCCCAGUCUGAUAAAUUCUCUCAGAGCGUUGAGCUGAAAGCUGCGUGCCAACAGAGCGUCUGCUGGCACGCUGUCCCAGCAGAAGGUGUGCCUUGGUGCUUUGACCUGCGUGGAGCAGGAGCAGCAGCUGAGGAGCUGUGCACGAUGGCUCCAGCCUCUGGCUUUCUCAGGCCCGGCCAGUCCGUGUGUGUGAGCGUGACCGUCAGCCCAGGAGCCAUCACAACCGGAGAAAAAGUGACCAAACUGUCCAUCCCGCUGUAUCUGGGAGAGAAGGAAAGGGAAGAACUCCAGCCUUACAGAGAGCUGUCUGUCAUCAUUGCUCUCUGGCUUCCAAGUAUCACCUUCCACCCCCGUCAGAUCCUCCUCACCCCUGCACCCCUGAGACGGCGCGUAGUAACCAGCCUCACCCUGCAGGCUGCUGGCUAUCCAUGUGGAACGACCAUAUUAGCAACAGUUGAUGAGGUGGAAAUAGAGAAUGGAGCUAAAAUACAGCCUGUGUCCAUCAUCUUCCCAGAUGGAAACAUCAUUCAUCCCCAGGAGUGCGACCAGCAGGGGGCGGAGGUGACCUCUCUGCUGUGUAAAGUGUCGUUCUGCUCCGACGUCCCUGUGUCGCUGUGCACGUCCAUAAUCUUCAGUGACCACAUGCACAACAGAUUCAAGAUUGGGUUGUGUGCAGUCGCUGACAACUGUCUGUUAACGGUGUGGCCCUACAUGGCGCUACACCGCACUGGGCAGCAGAUCGUUCUGAAGACAGGGGCCACAGCUGUGGAGGCCAUUCUUCAAAGCUAUCACACACCAAGUCCUGCUUCUGGCCCAAUUACGUCCUCGUCCUUCUCAUCAUUUGACCACAACAGCCAAACAUACAACAACUUGGACUCCUUCUCAUAUUGUGACAGCGUGAGUGAACCGGCCAGCAAGGAUGUCUGUCCCAAAAGAGACGCUGCAGCCAGUCUUUGCUUGCCAAAGUUCCCUGCCGCCGACACAGAGGAAGGGCUCUAUUACCAGCAGGUAGCACUAGCUGCAGAGCGGUGGUUCAGCCUCUGUGGAUGGCCCGGCGGACCACACCCUAUGUCUGUCCCGCACUCUCUCAGGAGGGUCGUGUCAGCCAUUCAAACAGGAAACUCGACCGGCCGAUCAGACCGCGGCGGCCGAAAUACAGAUGCAAGGGAACGUUUGUGUUGCAGGUCAGUGGUGGACAUGCUGCGUCAUCUGACUGGCCAACAGAUCCCUGGCAUCCCUCUGUGGCAAACCUUUUCCAGCGAAGUACAGCAGCGCACCGCUCAGCUGCUGCAGCAGCACGGGGCCAUGCUGGCCUUUCUCAGGGUGCAGGGAGCCUGUCUUUGUCACAUCAGAGCCGAGUAUUUGCUGGAUGUCCUGGAGUUUAGGCACUGGUGCUCCUGGCAGGACAAAGACGCAGAGAACGGCCUGGACUGGAGCUCUGUGGACUACGAGUCUCUGAGCAAACGGUCAUGGACUGAUGUGCUGCUACAGACGUACAAGGUUCUGGUGUUGAGUCGUGUGCCAGAGAAAGGUGUGACUACGCCUGUGACGCCUGCAGACACAGACCAGGUCCUUCUGGAUGACUCCCAGCCUCUGGCCAGUAACGUCUACUCCCAGCGGGAGUCUCACCUGCUGUCAUGGCUAAACACCAACUACCAGAAGGCCAGGAGGACGGUGUGGGACAGGGAUGGAGUCCCGUCAUCGCGCUGGAUAGUUAACUUUGACUUGGACUUGACAGACGGACUGGUGCUGGCUGCUGUAAUGGCCGCUCACUGCCCUUAUCUGAUAAGAAGCCACUUCCAGAGGAUGUACACCUCUCCAAGCAGCCUGGAGCAGAUCCUUCACAACAACGUUAUUGUGGUUCAAGCUUUAACUCUGCUUGGUCUCAACAUAAACAUAAAGCCGACAGACCUGUGCAACGCCAACGCAGUGCAGCUCUUAGUUCUGUGUGUUCACCUGUAUGAGACCCUCCCUCACUACCUGCCGUCACAGACCCUCACUCUGACAGGAGGCCUGCACAGCACAUUCAGCACGCAGGUGCGCCUGAAAAACCCCUCCUCCAGGCCUCUCAGAUACAAAGUCCUUCUUCUAGGAGAAGAUGCCCAUCUCUUCUCCCUUCCUGCUGGAUCUAUGGUCACAAUUCCCACAAAGUCAAGCGCUGAACUGACUGUGGAGUUCAGCUGCCUCUUCCUGCGCCCCGCGGAGGCGGUUCUUCUGCUCAUCUCCAGCUUUGGGUUUGGCUGUCGCUGUUGCACUCUGGCUUUCAGUCUGAAGACACGUGUCGGUCAAAUCACAGCAACAGAUACCGUCCAGUGUAGCUCCCCAUGUUACCAACUCAGAGUCAUAAACGUGCCUCUGACCAACAAAUUUAAGAAGGAAGCUCAUUUCAGGGUGGUCCUCGUGGAGUCUGCCUUCAACCCUCUAGAGGCUGAAAAGAGAGAAGACCGGCUUGCUCAGCAGGGCUUCCUGAAUGCCAACAAGAAGAAUCCGACUCCAGAUAUAAGCGGUGGAGAGGAGGCGGACCAAGCAGAAGCCAGCGAGUUCCUGAGCACAGAGAGGAGUGUUUAUCUGAAGCCGGGCCAGACGCACGCUCUGAGCAUCCUCUACCUGCCCUUCUUCACAGGAACCAAAUACUGCUCUGUGCUGCUGCUUUGCCCUCAGGUGGGGGAUAUGGUGUAUGUGGCGAAGGCUACAUCAGAAAUGCCGCUUCCUUCCCCUCUUCCUGCAAGGCCAGGUUACACAGGUGGGCGUGUCCUAAGCCUUCGCUGUAAGGUCGGGGAAGUGUGUGAGGAGGUGCUUCAGGUGCCCCUGGUUAACGUGCCUUUGGAGGACGCUCUAGCCGUCUGGGCUCAGCACUGCAUGAGUGCAAGAGAGCGCAGGAGGCGCAUUCUGACCCGCGCUUUGCACAGCAGCACAGUGAGGGCAGCCACAGCCACACACAAGAAGCUCCUCAAACCCCCGCUCCUGAGAAGCAUUUCCCACAGUGAAGAGAUAGAAUACAGAGUGGAAGCCUCCCUGCCGCAGUACUUCAGUCUACCCAGCACUGUUAGCCUCCCAGUCAGAGAAGACACCAGUGUACCAUGGGAGACUUCAGCAGAGUGUGGCUGUGUGGACAUGCCACUGCGCUUCCAGGCCCACUCAGUAGGACGGUUUACCUGCAAAGUGGUGCUAACAUCCUGUUUCGACAUCCGAGUGUACCAGCUUGAGGCGUUUGUCACCCAGCAGGGAGAACCCACUCACUUGGACUUCACUUCACCAGUUCUCCAGUCAGUCACACAACACAUCCCUUUGGUCAACGAGACUCAUCAGAGCUGGGACGUGCGCGCUUUAGUGUGUGGGGAAGGAUUCUCCGGCCCACAUGUCGUAAAUGUGGCUGCAGGAACAAAAGAGUCGUACCCGCUCACUUUUCAGCCCACCUCACAGUGCAUUGUCACGGGCAGACUGUGCUUACACAAUGACUGUGACGGCACAGAGCACGUGUUUCUCCUCAGAGGGGUCGGAGAGCCCCCUCUGCCGGCGGAUGGUGUCGUAAUCUCCUGCCCAGUGGGGAGGACCACAUACACUCAGCUGAACGUCCCCAACCACAGCCAGGCACAUCUCACUCUCAGGGCAGUGACAGAUCUGCCCAUUCUCAGUGGCAACCCUUCACUGGAGAUUCAUUCUGGACAAAACUCUCAAUACACUCUGGCUGUGUCUCCUUGGAAACGAGGAAAACAAACAGGCUCAGUAUGGUUUAUAGAAAAAGGUGACAUGGGAAAGAGCGAUAACAACAAAGGAAAUCCAACUGGAAACUACACAGUUAUUUUCUCUGUUGUGGUAAAUUGUGAGCCAGAAGCACCAGUCAAGGUCAUUGAUGUACCGUGUGUUGCUAAGAGCUGCGUUACCAUAGAGAUACCUGUCAGUAACCCAGGAGAAGAGCUGCUGACGCUGGAUGUGUGCCUGCAAGGAUGCGGUUUGACUGGGGCCGACCAGAUUUCACUUCCCCCCCGAGGGACUCUCAGCUACAAAGUUACCUACUCCCCUGUCAGAGUAGAGAAGGCCACUGGCAGUGUGGUGUUCCAGUCGGAGCUUGUGGGGGAAUUCUGGUACCAGCUGGAGCUCUAUGCUCUCCCUCCCUCAGUGGCCGUGCUGCCACAGGCUCGCUGUCAUCUGGGCAAAUGGGCCAGAAUGAAUAUCCCUCUGGUUAACCCAACAACUGAGACUCUGAAGCUGAUUGUAGCCAACACUAACCCCAGAAACUUCUCCCUGGAGAUGGAUUCAGCAGACACGCUCCUGUUGGCCCCUCAGUCGUUCACCCAUGUUGGUGUUCGCUUCAGUCCUUCUUCUGUUGGAGAGGAGAACCACAACGCAAAGAUCUCCUUUGCUUGUCCUCAGCUGCAGGACUGCUGUGUUCUGUUGAGUGGAUGUGGCCUCAUGCCUGAGACGGAGGAACCUUUGUGCCUGUCCUGCCCCAUUGGCUCCAGCACCUCCAUCGCUGUUCCCUUCACAAACCCUACUGAUCACCAAGCCACGCUCAGCAUUUCUCUUACAGCGGACGACCCGAGUGAUUCCUCCAAGUGCAAAGCAAUCACUGAUGAGAAGAGCUUCUCCUGCCCUCUCAUCCAGGCCCAAGCGCUGCCGAUCAGUGGAAGGGCAACCGUUGACGUGCCAGUGGUGUUUACACCUAAAUCCUUGGAGAUGCAAAAAGCCUGGCUUUGUAUCGCCAUGAAGCCCAUCAGCAAUCAGGACAACAAUAGUGCAUUAAGCCCCGCCUCCACCAGGUCAGGAGAAGAGCCCUUCCACAUAUCUUGGGUUUACCCUCUCUGUGGCUUUCCACUGGAGAAGUCUCCACUCGUCGUCCUCCAGUGUGAAGUGGGGUUUCAGCUGGAAAGGAGCGUGGACGUCCAGCUCCCUGCCUCUGUGCCAGAGAACAAAGAGCUGAGCGUGCAGAAGGAAGACUUUCUGUGCGAGGUGCGUUCAGACGAUGAGUCCUCAGCGCUGGCAGACUGCCUCUCCACUUCUAUCCAGGCAGUAAGGAGAGAUCCUGAGAGCGGCACCGUCAGGCUCACCCUUCAUCUGCUCUUCACCCCUCACAGGAUAUGCAGGUCCUCAAGCUUCCUGGUGGUCCGUGGUCUGCCUGGCAACAUCUGGGAGUUGCCCGUCAUUGUUGCUGCUACCAAGCCUCAGGGUGAUGAUGUUGUUCAUGUGGAGACAACGGAGGUAGGGAGGACUUCAGCUGUGGGCUUCCGUCUCACCAGCACCACCAGGAGGCCGGAGUCGUUCAAAGCAGCGUUCCUGCCAGGCAGCAGCACUGAGUUCUCUGUGGCUCCAGCCUCGGGGAUGUUGCCUCCUGCCGGCACAGCUGGAGCUCUCAUCACGGUGUCCUUCACCCCCACUGCCAGCUGCAAGAGGCACCGGGCCACACUGGCUGUCCAGGCAGCAGACAUGCAGUGGAUUUAUGAUGUGAGGGGGGAAACCCCUCAGGACUCGCCGCUCCUCCGUAAAUCAUCCACCAGGGACAGCUUCCCAGCUCCGCCUGCCUCCACAGAACAUCAGCGGCACUUUCUGGUCCAGAACCCUCGUCUUCCCUCUCUGGCUAACUCAUCCUCUGUCACAGUCAAAAAAUAAAAAAAGCAGAUUUCAUGUGAA